UCUUUUGGCUGCUUCCUUGGGACAAAGGGUAUCAAAAGGUUAUAUGAGGUUUGUGGGGGGCAAUGCAUGGCAGUUUGCUGCACGUGCAAAUUCCUCCACAUAUUUGCUGCGUUAAGUACUAAAUUCUGUGAAAGUACAACAUUUCUUUAUGCACAGUUAAAGAAUUGGAAUGGCUAAAUGGGAUCUGUUUUGACCGGCAUUCUUCUCAGAUUCAGGGAUGGUCAUUUCCCUCAUUGCCAAGCUGAGAGAUUAAAAUUAGGACAUUUUAAACUUGUUCUGGACAAGUAAACUGUGGUUUCCCUUGUGACUUUACCAAUCUCUAAAGCAGCCGGCUUGGGCCACAUCAUUGCUUCCUGAACCCCAGUGGCUUUGUAGCCUUGGAAAAUUAUUUCGCCAGAGUUCGAGAAGGGCUGAAAUGAAUCUCCAGUUGAUCCUGGUUUGUGUGCCAGCUGUUGGCUGAUAGUGAGAGGAUGUGUCCCAAUCAUCUCCUUAGACAUCGUCAUGUUUCACCCAUAGGAAGAUCUGGCUGACUUGCCUGAUGAGUCUUCCAAUUCCGAACUGGAUCCAUUGGAUAUUGUGAAAGUUGAGGUCCCCAUGGAUGGAGACGGAAACUCUGACCAUCAACCGUACUUCCUUGGAGAAGUCACAGACCUGCCCCAGGGAAUGUACAGUAGCAGGAGGAUGAAGGCGACUUUUGACUCUCCCCCAAGGAAGGAAAAACUGCACAAGUGCCAAUAUUGUGGGAAGCUGUCUGACUGCCGCGCCCACCUGGUGAUUCACGAGCGAACCCACACAGGGGAGAAGCCCCACAAAUGCUCAGCUUGUGGGAAAAGCUUCACCCGGAAGGAAUCCCUGAUUAUCCACGAGAGGUUCCAUACCGGGGAGAAGCCUUAUAAAUGCUCGUUGUGUGGGAAAACCUUCAGUGAUAAAAUCGGGCGCCUCAUCCACGAGAGAACUCACACCGGGGAGAAGCCGUACAAAUGCUCCGAGUGUGGGAAGAGCUUUGGCACUCGCUGCAACCUCCUGAGGCACCGGAGAGUUCACACGGGCGAGAAACCGUACCGCUGCCUGGACUGCGGUCAGACUUUCCGGUACAGGCCACAGUUAGUGAUCCAUGAGGGCACCCACAAGGGGGAGAAGCCUUAUAAAUGUCCAGACUGUGGAGAAACUUUCAGUCAGACCCGACAUCUGGUGAUACAUAAAUGGACUCAUACCGGAGAGCGGCCUCACCAGUGCGCCGUCUGCGGCAAAAGUUUCAAUCAAAAGUCGGACCUUAUUACGCACACCAGGACCCACACGGGGGAGAAGCCGUACGUCUGCUCCGACUGUGGGAAGAGCUUCAUUUCUAGCUGCCAGCUGAGGAAGCACGAGAGAAUCCACACUGGGGAGAAGCCGUACCAGUGUGCCGAGUGUGGGAAAUGCUUCUCUUACAGUUCUCACCUCACCACGCACAAGCGGACACACACGGGCGAGAAGCCUUACCAGUGCCCGGACUGUGGGAAGUGCUUCAUUUCUAGUUCUCACUUCACUGCCCAUAAAAGGACGCAUACUGGCGAGAAGCCCUAUCAGUGUACCUACUGUGGGAAUAGUUUUAUUCAGCGAUCGCAGCUUGCCAAACACGAGAGGUCGCACACGGGAGAGAAGCCCUACGUCUGCUCGGAGUGUGGACAGAGCUUCCGAUGGAGCCAAGGGCUCAAAAAGCACAUGCGGACUCACACUGGCGAGAAGCCGUACGGGUGCCCCGAGUGCGAGAAAAUGUUCUCCAGUUCCUCUAAUCUGUCCAGGCAUCAGAAAAUCCACAUGAGGGAGAAGCUAUAAUGGGCAUUUUAGGCAAAAAGACAGUAGUAAGGCGAUAGGAACAGCUAGGUAACAGGCAAUCCUCGCUCGAAGUUACAGUCGACCUGAAAAAGGGGACUUUUAACAACCUGGAGUUCGGAGUUGUGACGGUUGGGCCCCCUCCACGGCCAUGUGACCAAAUUUCGGGCACUUGGCAACAGAGCCAUUCGCGGUAUCCCAUGAUCACGUGACCGCAUUUGGCAAAGGUUUUGCUGAAAACCAGCACUUGGCAAAACUGCACCCGUAGGAAGCCAUUGGUUUACUUAAGACCCGAUGGUGUUUCCUUAACGACUGCAGAUUUGUUUAAUGAAUGCAAUGAUUUGCUGAACGAUGGUGGCAAAAGGGUUCUUAAUAUCAGGUUGGUCAUGUUCAGUGUCUGUUAUGACAUGACUGUAACGGGUAAGCUCCGCUACUACCAGUAGUGGUAUACCAUGGCGAAGGUCAGUGGUGGCGAACCUAUGGCACGCAUGCCAGAGGUAGCACUCAGAGAUGGCAACCAUCCCCCUUCAACCAGCUGCCCGCUAACUCGCUGAAGUCCCACAUGGCUGGAUGCA